AUGGAUGCGUAUGUUGUGCAAGACUUCUUCACUUCAUUUUCUGCAUUGUUAUGCUUGUACAAAGCAACGUUUUCUUUUGGCAAUGAAAAGCCGUUUUCUUUCUUGCCAACAAAUUCCUCUGUCAAUUGUGAUUACAUAGACCUUGUCUUUCUCUGUCUCUUACUCAUCACAAAUCUAAAUCUUCUCUCUUUAUUUCAUUUAUCUUAUUUUUCUUCCUUACUCUUUUCUUUCUGUUCUUUCUUUUCAUCUCAUUAUUAUUCUCUUUGUCCCUUUCUCUCUCAUAUGUUUUAUCUUUUUUAUCCCUAUUUUUCAAUUCUCUCCAUUUACCUUUUCUUUUCUUCCUUACUCUUUUCUUUCUGUUCUUUCACUUCAUCUCAUUAUUAUUCUUUCUAUCUCUUUUCCUCCCAUAUUUUUCUUUUUUCCUAUUUCUUCAUUUCUCUUUCUUCAUUUAGCUUUUCUUUUUUUUCUUUACUCUUUUUUUUCUUUACUCUUUUCUUUACUCUUUUCUUUCUCUUCAUCACACUGUUCUUCUCUCUAUUCUUUUCUUUUUCUUUUCUCUCUGAUAUUUCUUCAUUUCCCUAUUUCUUGAAUUCCCUCUAUUCAUUUACCUUUUCUUUUCUCCUUUUUUCUUUCUUUCUCUUUAUCACACUAUUCUUCUCUUUGUCUCUUUCUAUCUAUUCAUUUACCUUUUCUUUUUUCUUUAAUCUUUUUUUUCUGUCCUUUCUCUACAUCACACUGCUCUUCUCUCUGCCAUUUUCUUUUUCUUCUCUCCAUGAUAUUUCUUCUCCCUAUUUUUUAACUCUAUUCAUUUAUUUCUUCUUUCCUUUUUUCUUUUUCAUCACACUAUUCUUCUCUCUGUCUCUUUCUUUUUCUCUUCUUGCUGAUAUGUUUUUUCUUCUUUUUUCUAAUUCUUCAAUUUUCUCUACUUACAUACUAUUACUUUUCCUUUCUCUUUUCUUUCUCUUCAUCAAAUUAUUCUUCUGUCUCUUUCUUUUUCCCUUCUCACUGAUUUGUUUUUUUUUCAUUUUCCUAAUUCUUCAGUUCUUUCUCUUCAUUUACCUUUUGUUUUCUUUUUUCUUUUCUUUCAAUUCUUUUUCUUCGUCACAUUAUUCUUCUGUCGUCCCCUGUCUCUCCCAUUUUUCUGUCAGCGUUUUCUUCCUCAGUUUUCAAAGUUUUAUUAUCUUUCACAUUUUUUCUUUUAUAUUCCUUUACUUUUUCUUUAUAUUGAUGUUUCUCCUUCAUUUUCUUUUUUUACCUUUUUUUAUUCUGUUUCUUCUCCAUUUUAUUCUUCUCCCUUUUUUACCCCUUUUCUUUUCUCUUUCUCUUCUUCUUUUCUCUUUGCAUUUUGUUAAUCUUUUCUUUUGUCUUUUCUUCUUUCUGCAAGUAUCUUCUCUCCUUCUAAUCUGCUUUUAUAUCUCUCUGACUGCCUCUCCCAAUUUUUCUUUCCUUUACCUUUGUGCUUCUCUUUUAACAUUUCUCUUUCUCCUCUUCACUUCUUUUAUCAAUGUUUCUUUUGUUUUUCCAACUCUUCUUCUUUCUGUUUCUCUUGAUUUCUUUUGUCUUUCCUUCUUUCUACAAGUAUCUCUUCUCCUUGUCAUCUCUUUUCAUAUCUUUCUGCAAGCCUCUCCCUCUACACUCCUUAAUCUUUCUAUUCUAUUUAUUCUCUGCUGGAGUGGUUUGCCUUUUCGAUUGACGGAGGCGGCAUCCUCACUGAUAUCAUCAAUGUAG